UACUUUUAGCCUUUUUACAUUGAAAAGAGAUUUUACUCAUAUUACAGGGCAAGUGUUUGAAUUCAUUGGUUCUACAGAAAGUACAAGCCUGAUAGUAAAACUGUUGCACUCUAGCCACUCCUGAUGAACACGCUAGGCCUUGCUACCUUGGUGAGGAUGGGCAACUGCUUCUGCCUGAAGGAAACUGUUUCCAUCAAUGGUCACACUUACACAGUGAGGGAGUCAUUAGGGGAAGGAGGCUUCAGCACUGUUGACUUGGUGGAAGACUCCUCAUCACACAAACUAUAUGCUUUGAAAAGAAUUACUUGUCACAGCCCCAUGGAUCAGAAGGUUGCUCUGAGUGAGGUGGAGUAUCAUUCAGUUCUGCAACAUCCCAACAUCCUGCCCUGCAUUGCCAGUGACUUGAUUGGAAUGCCUGAUAUGAUUGGCAGCAAAACGUCUCAAGUCUUGCUACUGCUCCCAUAUUAUCAACGUGGUACCCUGCAUGAUGAGCUCAUGAGGAGAGCACAGACCUGCAAUUUCUUCUGUGAGAGAGAUGUAUUGAGGAUGUUCCACUUCAUAUGCCUGGCAGUGCAGCAUAUGCACAACAACAAACCUCCUCUGGCUCACCGCGAUCUCAAAACUCAAAACAUUCUCCUUAAGGAGGACUUAACGCCUGUACUCAUGGACCUCGGUUCUACAACUCCGGCAAGAGUGGAGGUAACUUCUGCAGCCGAUGCACGUCUGUUGCAGGACACAGCUGCUGAGCGCUCAUCCAUGACAUGUCGCGCUCCUGAGCUGUUUAAUGUCCCUACCUCCUGUAGGGUUGACGAGCGUACUGACGUCUGGUCACUGGGCUGCGUUCUGUACGCCAUGUGCUUCUUCAAGACCUCAUUCGACGCCGCGUACGAGCGCGGUGACAGCGUAGCCUUGGCUGUCAUUGCUGGCAAAGUCUCCUUCCCUGAAAUGCAUCCUUUUUCUCAGAGUCUCCUCGAACUGAUCGAGUCUCUGCUGCAAGUGGAUCCGGAGCAGCGGCCCUUCAUGGACUGGGUAGUGGAGAGCGUGGCGCGCCUCUUGGGAACGCAGCACCAAACCAGUGCUGCGCCAGACGAUCAGUCCGUCCUUGCUUAAUUGUCCUCAGGCUUUGUUAAGACCUUCUAUUGAAUGUUAAUAUAUAUCUUUGCAUCUUUAUCAAAAGCACCGCUUGAGACCCUGUCCGGUCAUAUACUUCAGCCCGUUGUGCUAUGUAGGCAUUGAACGGCACUAGAGUUUCCUCAGUUGCCUCCACCUAAUUAUGUUGUCAAACUUGCACUGGUCCUCGCCUAAGAAUAUAUCCUAAGAUAAACUAAGAUGUUACAAACUCCUAGUAAAUGGAAAAACUUUUGUUGCCAUUAAUAUCGCAUUAGGGACCUAAAAUUAGUUUAUAUUAUUUAUCUAUUGUUACUGUUUUGAGUCUACCCUUUGAUUAAGUGUAACCUGUUGAUUGUUGAUAAUUGCUGAUUUUAUUUAUUUGGAACUUUGGGUGCAAAAUCAGGUUGUUUCAAAAUUUAAUGCAAUAAAUGUGUGUUAAAAGAACUUGGUUCCAAUUGAAGGUGUUUUCGGAAUUGAUAGGUGUGUGUAAAAAUUAACAUGUAAUGUUUAAUCUAUGAUCUCGCCCUGCCGUUCACAUUCCCUUGCAUUCCAAUAAUGGCGUUGCUAUCCUCAUGCUCUGAAUGGCUGCUGUCUUCGGACUGUGUUAAUCUGUUGCAUUCCAAUCCAAAUAUAAGCGCUUUACUAAUAUUCAUUGACUAUUGGAGCGUAGGAUGACAUUUUAUUAUUACCACCACUUGCUGGUUUCUGAACCCUACGUUAAUAUUCUAGUUAUGAAUCUUGUCGUAUCUAUAUUCUUAAGCUGCACUGAAAAGGAAGCUGCACAAUCUUUCAUCUCUUAUACGUCGAGAAAUUAUCUUGAAAUAAUUCGUCUCCCCACGAGAUUCAUUUGAUGUCUGUUAGUGCACGUCUGAGGACUGUGAGCUCUUUUGUUGAAUUAAAUCGCCCAUCAUGUAUUACAUUUUGGGAUAUUAAUUCAUAACCUUAGUUAUACUUCUUUAGGAAAUCAUAAUGUUGAAUGCGGACGAUGUUGUAUUACCUUGUUUGAAAUGGAAUGAUGUCUGAGUUAAUUACAAAGUGUCAUGCCAAAGUGUUACUAUUUGUCUGAUCGGAUGUCCGGCUAAACUUUAAAUCUUGUAAGGUUGAUUGUGUAAUCAACCAUUUUUGAUAUUAAUUAAUUACUAGUCACGUGAUAUUUUUGUUCCUGGAAUUUUGUUCUCGCGGAAUUACGUUAUAAAUAUAUCUUUUAAAUUUUUUGUUGAACCGCAGAAAGAUGAAAUGCACUUUGACGGUGUGAGCGGUGAACCUAGUUAACUAUAAUACAUUUGGGGUGACGAAUGCUCUGGGAGACCUUAAGUAAAGCAUAAGCUUUUUGUUACUUGCAUUUCUGCUAUCAAGGAUAAUAUUAACUAGAAUAUAGUAUUUAUUGCAUACAAACUAAAUACUUAUUGCUGAUCAAUGUUGAGUUAGUGCCAUGUCUUCAGAGUUGUAUUUAUGUCUCAAGACCCGCUGAUGAUUUUUUAGUAUUCUUCGAUUUCUAAUGUAAUGUACCACACAGAUACAUAUUUUACCAAUUACGUCUUCGCGAGAAAGAUCGUCGUUAAAAGCUUGUGUUAUCUAUGUUUUAAUCACAGUUUAUCGAAACAGAAGUGAAAGCCUAUUGGAAUUAAAUUCUAUUCAAGAUUCACGCUUUUUGGUCUGAGGUGUCGUCCGAGGUGUUCAUUUUCUUUCAUCACGCUUAUAGGAUUCUGUGUUCAUAAGCAUAGUAUUCAAAGCUCGAAGUAUUUGACUGCCAGCCUCACUCUUGUGUACAUCACCUGUUGCUGGAUGAAGUAUUACACUUUUUCUUUCCCUUU